CUCAGAGCGUAUCGAGCAUCCAAAGAAAAAGGAUAUCAUCUUCAUAUGUGCAUGCCAACAACUAUAAAAGGCGACCAUGAGGCAAUGAGUUCAUCCUCAAAGCAAAAUGAGUUCAUCCUCAAAGCAAACACGCAGAUCCCAACUAAAAAUCAAUCAGUGAGACAAUAUGGGUCAAGAGCAAUCCACGCAUGGCAUUGCUGGAAAUCCCAACAGCAAUGAUAUGAAAAUUAAAGGGGUGGCUAUGAGAGACAACAGCGGCAACACGAUGGGAUUUACCCACUCCGGCAACAUAAUAUAAUCUACCCUGAAGAUAUUGAGAAGAAGGGGAACAAGGGCAACAUGAGAUCGAAGCUGAUGGAAUUCAUAUGAAGCGGCAUGCAAUUGAAGAAGGAAGGCCAUACCUAAUAAAAUAAAUAUAUCUAAAUUCUUUACGUAUAACUUUAUUGAUACUGAUAUACAAACAAGAGAAAAUGAAUUAAAAAGUCCUUUCUCCAAUUCGUGAUGUUGAUACUUCGAACUUUGAGGGGAAAAGAAAAUAGAGUUUCUGUGUUAGUGUUUGAUAUUCAUUAUGCUGAGAUGGUGAGGAGGAGGCAGACUCUGUUCCCCGGAGACUCUGAGUUCCCACAGUUGCUUCACAUUUUCAGAGAAAAGAUCAGGAGGGCGUAGAGAUGAGAAUCAGAUAAGAAACCAGCUUCCCGACUCUGAUAUGGAACUUUGGGCAGUCCAUGGUGCAGCCAAGGUUAGCGCUUAUGUAACCCAUAUGGUGUGUUUCCUAAACGCUCAUCGGAGCGGUUCACUCACAAGGAUGGGCUAUCCAAUUCCUACAUUUUAUAUUGGCCAAAUUGAUUUGUGGGCCAACCACAUGAUCACCUCCGUUGAUCUAAAAUUUUUCCCAACUAUAAAUGACGACUUCCACAAUAUAUACACACAACACGUAUUCCCACUUCUCGGACACAGAGCAGAGCAGAACAGAGAACAGAACAGAACAGAACCUAUUCUUUCUUUUCAAGUCACAAAAUUUUUUUCCCUUUCCUUUUCGCUUUUCUUUUUCACCUUUCUCAUCAAUCAAACCCUCAACUCUUCUCAACAAACCAAUUCUCUCAGCCUUAACAUGAAUGGGCAUUUUGAAGACAACUCCUAUUGCUAUUUCCACCCAAAGGAGGUGGUUGUGGGUGUUUGCUCUCUGUGCUUGACCGAGAAGCUUCUCAUCUUGGCUGCAAAAAAGGGCCACCAUGUUUCUUCAGCCAGUGGCAGAGCUAGUGCUCAUAGAACUCCGAGUGGCAUGCACAAGAAGCCACCCAUUAGCCUCCCCAAGAUCUUUGCUUUCAGCUCUUUCUUCAAUCGACAGUGGAAGCCAAAUUACUUGGAUCAAGAGGCCUCCACCAGCCAAGAAGGUAAUUUUUUCUUGUGGACUCGUUCAUAUCAAUCAAGUUUGAAGAGAAUGGAGUUGCCUCAUGGGAGAAGAACAGAGUGUCUAAGGUCUCUCUAGAGCAUUGCAACAUGUCCUGGAAUCACAACUUCAGCAAGGAAGCUAAGGAAGCUAAGGAGGUCAGGGAGGCUAAGGACACCAAGAGUGUGAUAGAGCAUGGGAAAUCCCAUACGCCGCUUAGGUGGCGGAAGAGGAUAGGGCACUUGUUCCAGCUCAUCAGAUGGAAGAGGUCCAACAAGGGCAAUGUGUGCCAUGUGA